GUGCGCUCAGGACAACUCUGACGCCUUGAUCACACCGACAACAAUUGUGCAUUUUGAUUUUGGUACACCAGAAGUACAUUAAUUUCCAAUGGAACGCUGUGCUUGCAUAGCAGACACAGUUGUAGUGAGUUCUGUGUGGUGCAUACGUUGGAUUUAUCGAUGCGUACAUGGCUUGAUAGAAAUGGUAGCAGAAGGUGAACGCUGAACUUUUCUUGCACACAUCCAGAUGAUGCUGCGUACCAUUUUGUGUAAUGACACUAUCGAGAUGAUGAGGCAUGAACUCCGAACUAGGACAUCUCCGACCUCCGACUUCAGUGUAUUCAAGAGAACUGGGAACUCGGGAAAAAACGAGCCCCGACUAGGAAAAUCUUUGACAGUCAUCCAACUCGGAAUUUCAAGUCGGAAACUCGGGCAUCGUGGUGCUGUCAAGACAACUGGGAACAAAAGGUCAAAUCCAGACGUCAGUGAUUUUCAGGUCGGAAAGUCAGAAAUCUAGAAAGAUGCCUGAGUUAGAUGACCAUCGGAGCUCGUUUUUUUUCGAGUUCCCAGUUGUCUUGAACGCAUUGAAGUCUAAAAGCCGGAUAUUUCCCAGUUCCGAGUCCCCAGUUGCUUUGAACGCGGCAUCCUAGUGGUACGACUUUUCCGACCUGAAGAUCACUGACGUCACGUUUUUUCCCAUUCUGGGCUCGUUUUUUCCGAGGUCCCAGUUGUCAUGAACGCACCAUCAAUUCCGUAUUCUUGCCACUAGUUUCAUACUAGCCUACGUAGUUGAUAUCACCUAGAGAACGCAGUGACACGGACAGCCAAUUCUUCUCAUUCGACCAGCUAUAAUAAAUCCUCAUGGAAAAGGUAGAGAUGUUACGAGUAAUCUGAGAUGGUCUUUAGAAGAAUGGCUUUCCCAGCCGAUGAGUACUGGCUGAGGAUGAUGAAGACGAAGAAGAUACAGGGGUCACCGCAGCAGUGUCAGGGGCUGCAGGGACCUCUGUGAUUGCUGACCCCACCUCAUCUCUGACCUCCCCAGCUCUGUAUUGGCUGACCAUGGCCACUCAGAGGGCACCCCUGGUCAAAGACUUUAACUACUUCAUUACCUGCUACCUGUGCAGAGGUUACCUGAUCAAACCCACUACGGUCACUGAGUGCCUGCACACAUUUUGUAAGAGCUGUAUCAUCCAGCACUUUGAAGACAGUAAUGACUGUCCCAAAUGUGGCAUUCAAGUCCAUGAAACCAACCCUCUAGAGAUGCUAAGGUUGGACAAUACUCUUGAGGAAAUCAUUUUCAAGCUUGUACCUGGAUUACGAGACAAAGAGGAACAGCAGGAGAUUGAUUUCUGGAGGAAGAAUAAAUCCAAAGAAAAUGGACAAGGAGACGGCCUUGGGUCUAAGAGGCUUGGGCUCAGUGAUGAUGAGGAUGGUGAUGAAGAUGGUCAGGAUUAUCACAGGAGCGACCCCCAGAUAGCCAUCUGCCUGGACUGUCUCCACAACAAUGGACAUGCUGCAGAUGACACAGUGAAGUGUUUAAUGAAGAAGUUCAUUCGCUGCUCUAGUCGAGUCACGGUGGGAACCAUCAAGAAGUUUCUCAGUCUAAAGUUAAAGCUGUCAAGCUCUUGUGAGCUGGAUGUGCUGUGUAACGGGGAGAUCAUGGGUAAGGACCACACUCUGGAGUUCAUCUACAUGACCCGCUGGAGGCUGCACGGUGACAACACAUAUCCCAUGGUCCUGGAGUACAGGCCACGAAUAGACUUUGGCUGAACAAAGCCCUUGAGAAGCCUUCAUCGACAAAUAAAAGCAAUGACUGGAUGUGCAUCAAACUGAGGCCAGGGACUCGUUCCCAACAUUUUUGAACUUUUGUUUAAUUUUGUUGUGUCCUUCAUUGUUGAACAUUCCGUGCUCUUGGCCAAAGUGAUCUUCAAGACAAGUAACUAGCGGGACAAGCUUAGCUGAAACAUAGAUGUAUGAAUGUAUCCAAAUGGUAUUUAUUAGCCAGGUACUCGGGUAUCCUGGUAACCCAGCCAAUGACAAGGAUUGACCUGCAUCUACAUGAUGAAUACAAGUUGGUGUGGACAGAAAAUGAAAUGGAAAGAAGAAUAGGUAGGAAUCAAGCAACUCCAAGGCCUUCCAACAGAUGCCUGACUGUUUCAACAAGAAAAGUAACAUUUUUUUUUAAAUUUAAGCCAUUUUCUUCUCUUUAUAAAAUGCACAUAACAUAUCCACAGAUUUGCCCACAAUCAAUCAAUUGACCGAGCACCUUAAUGUUGCCAAAAGGUUUCAGAGUCUAAACCGAAGCUCAUUCUUCUUCAUUCUGUCCCAUGCUCAGUUAUUAUAACCAGUCUGACAUGUUGCUGAAAUCAACAAGCACUCUCUGGCAGAGGCUCGGGAGCCUGCGUGAUGGGAAGAGAAACGUUAAGCCUCUUUUUAACAAACACACACAAACACACACACUCACUCAACCCAAACUGCAGUGUGAUUACCCUGGCUCCUGCCAAUCUCAGACCUGCACUAAUAGCUUUUUUGGCACCGGUCAGAGUGACCAGGUAUUACAUUUUAGUUUUUCAGAUUAAUCUUAGUAUCUCUCUAGCCUAAAAAGAUACCAUCUUACAUGUUUUGAAGGGAAACCAGUGGUGUGUACAUUUCAUAUUGUUACUAGACCUUUGAUCUAUAAAUGUGUUUUUUGAAGUACAUGACAUUACAACACGGUAGUACGAGAUAUGAAUUAUGCCAAUUAUGGAUUUUUGAUCACAGAAUAGUAUUGGGCACUGUAAGAACUGGUUGGCAAAAGGCUUAUUGUAUUAGCUUUGAGGUGUAGUGUACUGAAGCUGACUCUUUCACAGUGAUUCAGUAUAGAGAGUAUACAGUGUCUGCUUCGUUACCUAGUCAUCUCAAGUUUAGCCUUUUAAACUGUAAUCUAUGUUGAUGUGAUUUAUAUGUGAAAACCAUUGAGGUGUGUUCCUUGCAGUGAAGCCAACCUGUCCUUGUGCUGACAAGGAAAAUGUGUAUUUUUUUACAUUUUUUUGAAGACAGAAAAGGAAACAUGUACAUAUUCUUAUGGUUGAAGUUUUAUGCUGCUUAGAGUAAUAUAUUAUAUUUUUAAAUGUACCCAUGCCUGAGAAUCAUUCUUGAGAUAUUAGAGCUGUAGAAAUAUUGUUCAUAUCUGUACUUGAUUUAUAAUAAUUAUUCAUGAAUAAAUUAAAUGUUUUUAUUUUA